CGACUCCAGAACCUUCUUCCCUCCGCCUCCAUAUCUUUCUUCUUGGUCCGCCGCCUCCACCACUUCGCGUCCUCUGAGUUGCGUUGCGAGUUGGGAGAGAGAGAGUGCAGAGAGAUCCGCGAGAGGCUGCCUUGUGGGACCGGAGAGUCAGCGAGGGGAGAGGGAGAGAGAUGGCGGGGAUCGGGCCGAUCAGGCAGGACUGGGAGCCCGUGGUGGUGCGGAAGAAGGCACCGACCGCCGCCGCCAAGAAGGAUGAGAAGGCCGUCAACGCCGCCCGACGCUCCGGCGCCGAGAUCGAGACCAUGAAGAAGCACAACGCUGGGACGAACAAGGCGGCAUCCAGCGGCACAUCCCUAAACACCAAGCGGCUCGAUGAUGACACUGAGAACCUUGCCCAUGAGCGUGUCCCAAGUGACCUGAAGAAAAACCUCAUGCAAGCAAGGCUGGACAAGAAGCUGACCCAGGCACAGCUUGCUCAGAUGAUCAAUGAGAAGCCACAGGUGAUCCAGGAGUAUGAAUCGGGCAAGGCGAUUCCCAACCAGCAGAUCAUUGGCAAGCUUGAGAGGGCCCUGGGAACAAAGCUGCGUGGUGGUAAAAAGUAGCUUAAAUCCCUGGAGCAUCAAAAUUAAAGACAAGGCGAUCCGUCUGCUUAUCAUCUAUCUAUGCUCGGUUUUAUGGACAUGCAUACUGUUUCUGUUGGUACAUCAGUGAAUAACUGUGUUGUCGUGGACCUUGUCAUGCUGCUCCUCGUAUGUGUCAUACGCCCUAGCGUGUUAAGAGUUGUGCGGAACCUGCAUGCGAAUUGAUAUGAUAGCGUGCGUGGUCUAAGCAUGAUGUUGCUUUUUACUGGUGGUCA